GACGACAUUCCGGGGAGUUAAAGGGUUUAGGAGAAUCGUGCCGCAACCGCUAAAACCCGCGAAAGCCGAACCGUUCAUAGCAGCGCUUCGAACUCCAAGCUUCCGUCAAUCAACCGACGAGGCAAAACGAUGAGUGGUAACGGGAUUGCUCGUACUUUGCUUCAUCGAUCUCGAAGGGCCGCCGCUUUCUUUUCAUUUUCCUCCGCCGGAAGGCCGUCUUCUGUAGUCUUUUGCGCAGAUGCAAGGUCUUCUCAAAGUUCUUGCUCCUCUUCCUCCUGUCAUGUUCAUUUCCGUCGCGAGCACGCAUUCGCGUUUUCUCCUUCACCAACCGUACGCUCAUUCAAUACCAAUUCCUCUAAAGAGUUUGAAGAUGAAGUGAAAGAGCAAAAUCCACUUCAAUACGGGAGGGAUGAAGGGGAAGAAACUACGGAUGGAUGGGAAGAAGACGAUGAUCUGGAGCCUGAGCUUGGUGAUGGAGGGGGUGGUGGUGGUGUUGUUUUGCAAGGCGUUCCAUGGGGUGAACGCGUUCUUGCUCUUGCUCACGAGGUCUUGCUGCAAUUUGGCGAUGACAUAAAACUCUAUUCUUUUAAGACUACUCUACGUGGAUAUAUUUAUGUCAGAUUAGACAAGCUCUCAAACGAAUAUGGGUGUCCCAGCUUGGAGGAACUUGAAAGUUAUAGCCAAGAGUACAAGAAAAGAUUAGAUGAAACUGGGGCACUUGGAAAUAUUCCGGAUGAUUUAGCUCUUGAGGUAUCAUCUCCAGGUGCAGAGAGAUUACUCAAGGUCCCAGAUGAUCUGUUUAGAUUUAAAGCCAUGCCAAUGCAAGUGUGCUACAUAGAAGACGGAGAAUCGAGAGGCACUGAGAAUGAUGGAGUUUUUAUGAUGGAUCAUGUGGAUUUGGAAUCUGAGAGCUGUGUCUGGAAAUUAGCAAAUGUAAAGGAAAAUCGAGAUCCUUUGAGUAAAGGCAGACCUUUGACUCGUAAGCAGAAAGAUUGGAGGUUAAAGUUACCCUUUGGAAAUCAUAAGAAGGUAUUCCUUUAUCUUGAAUGAUGAAAAUUAGCACCUCAAGGUCCUCAAGAAAGGACGGGUCUUCUGUGUGCAAUUCAUGAGGUUAGUGUUAGUUUUGCGUGGCAUUAUUUCUUUUUGAGGUCUUGGAGCUUUUGCCACUUGUACACUUUCUUUCUGUAUGGAAAAUUUGUUUCAGCAGGAGCAUUAUGUAUUCAUAGGAUAUUCUCCUUUUGGAAUUGAUAUCUUUGUUAAGGAUUUGAUAUACUGGGUUUCUCGGCUUUUCUUUACAAGGUUGAGUUUUUUUUGUCCUUGAUCUUAUUCAUUUUCAUGGACGAGUGAUGUUUUCUAUUAGAUAUAUAUUCUUUUACAUUCAUUCGGUUCCCCCUCCCUAGCAUCGCACUUCUACCAUAAUCUUCUAACACUAACUUUUAAGCUUAGGCUUCUCUUUUGGUGGUGCCUUUCUCUCUUCUACUCUCUAUUGGUUAAAGUUCUAUAAAUCAAAGGAAAUCCAUCUAAGCCACAGUAUCUUAUCAUCCAUCACGUUGGAGGGCCAGGUACCAAAUUUCAAAUCUCAAAAUACGUGGUCCAUAUUCUAUGUCACACUCAUAGAACGAGGAGUUAUUUUCUUCUCUUGGAGGAGGAUGCUAAGGAGGGACACGGCAAUAAUUGAGGUAGCUGUUUAAUGACGGUUUUUUUUUCUUGUCAGGUUGUGAUUAUAGAUGCUAGAAGUAAUUUGUAGACGAAUGAAACUUAGGUACUGAAUGGUUUAGCUGCUUUUGGCUGGUGAAAUAUCCACCAAACAGUGCUGUGAUUCUGCUCUAUUUUUCUUCCUUCUUUCUCUUUCAGCCUUUGUCUCCGUCAGCAGCAAAAUUUUUUGUGGGUGUUAGCUGUUAGCCUCCAACUUCUCUUUCUAAUUGUUUUUAGUCUAAGUUUAUCUUUGUUCUCUCUGACACGACCUCAACUCUUUUGUUUGUUUAUAGCUAACUACCACAUAUUAAUAAAGCUUUUACAGUGCCUUAUUUUUCAAUAUUUGAUAAUUAUGAGGAAAUAACGUGGCAUCAUAUUAUUGUUCACAGGUUUAUCCACAUUGAUAUUUCCUUUAUAAAUUUAAAAUCUCUGCAUUUUUAUAUGAGAUAACAGGGUACAAUCCAAGGGAGCUGUCCAUGUUGCCAUGUUGGGCAGGCCCCCUAUGGAUAAGUGGACCACUGAAUGGUUUUAUUAUUUCUUAGACAGAAAUUAAUGGUGCAUCAUGUGCUAUGGAUAUAUCUUUUCUCACUAAUUGACAAAAGCUGAAUUAGGUCAUCCAAUUCCAACCCCAUUCAGCUUGAGGAUUGUAUUUUUUCUGGUUUCUGCAUGAACAGGACCAAGCUUUUGAUAAUGAAAUAUCGAGCAAAAUGUGGAUGCUCUUUUGAGUGGGAUUCUUGUCUGACACCUCGCUCGUCUUUAUUCACUCAAAUGCCUCCAAAUCACUUUCCUCUUCUGCCGUUUAGCUCCUCUCGUGGAACUUCAGAGCUUUUGGGAUUUUCUUUUCAGGUGAAUUCUGCUGCUGGAUUAACACAAUUUUAACAAACAAGGGGUUAACUGAGUAAAAGGGAGGAUUUCUAAGCCGUUACUAAUUCAAACCAUCCACCAUGUCAAGGCAAACAAAUAUGGCUAAUGGUUGAAAGGUAAUUCUCCAUCUAAAUUUUAGUUUUCUUUUACGCUUAAGGUACUUUGAAAGUCUUUUCUAAUUAAUUUAAUUUGUUAAUUUUUAUUCCAAGUUAUCUUAUAUCUUUGCAUAGAGAUGCCGAUAGGUUAACGACAUGGAAGGAUUCCUCAUCUUUGCUUUUGUUUCUUAUUUCAUUCUCUGUGUAAAAUUAUUUAUUUAUUUAUUUAGGUGUUAAAUGUAAUCUA